AUGGCCAAUCUGAAUAUCUACAUCCUAACAUUCAACUGCGCCCGCAACCUAAUCGACAUCGGCCUCUUCGCCCAACAUUGCUUUGAUGUGCUCCCCACUGCGGGGAGCUUUCAAGCCCCCGAGCUGAUAGUCCUGUCCCUCCAAGAGAUCGCGCCCGUCUCUUACUCCUUUCUAGGAGGAACGUAUCUCGUCCCCUAUUUCGACGCAUUCUGCCAGGCAGUCAGCCAAGCUGCGGCGAAGCAAUGGGACGAACACUACGUGAAUCUAGUGCAAGAGAAUACAGGCAUGACGGGGUUGAUGGUCUUCGCGCGUGCCGAUAUCAGGGACAGAAUUGCGGGGAUCGACACGGCUCAUGUCGGGUUUGGGAUCCACGAAAUGGGGAAUAAGGGUGCGGUGGGAGCGCGUCUCGGCUACAUCGUUGAUACACAGUCGUCCCAGACCACGGAUUUGACGUUUGUCGCGGCGCAUCUCGCUCCCAUGGAGGAUGGGUAUAAGCAACGGAACCUGGAUUGGCAGAGUAUUGUUGAGCGAUUAGUGUUCUCCGAGCACCAAGAUCCGAAACGGACGGGUCUGGGGCAGAGAGCAGAGCCUGAUGCAGAUGAGCACACAUCCUUAUUGACCGACCCUGCCUCAUCGCCGGCUGCAAAGAGCCCCUGCCGCGACCUUUUCGCUCCCGACGGCUACCUCUUUCUGGCGGGAGACUUGAACUACCGCACCUCGAACACCGGGCCUCUGAAGGAAGACGUGGGUCGAUUUCCGCGACACGAUGCCCACCCCGACAGCCCAUCACACUAUUCGCGCCUCUUGAAAGAGGACCAGCUGAUGCGCGAGAUGCGGCAGGGCAAAAGCUUCCAUGGACUAUCCGAAGCCCCGAUCAACUUCCCUCCCACAUAUAAAUACUCGAACACCGCUCGUGAAGCAGCCCGUCUGGGCCUAGACACCCAGGGCGAGGAAUGGAAAUGGUCGAGUCAUCGAUGGCCCAGCUGGUGCGAUCGAAUCUUGUAUCUCGACACGCCAUCAUCAACAGCAGACAGUAGUCGGGGACGCGUCACACCGCAUGUCUACAAUGCACUGCCUCUGCUACCACUGUCAGACCAUCGCGCCGUUGCUCUGGCUGUGUCGGUGUCUCUGAAGCCCCGUGGCGACGGAGGAACAGGAGAAGGAGAAUCGGGGGAUACACAUCACAUGAGCACCAAAGCCCAAGCCGUAGCCCCGUUCUCGAUCGAUCCCCACUGGAGGCAGCGGCGUGAUGUGGCCCGACGAAAGGAGGUUGUGGUGGGGUUGGUUGCAUAUCUGGGUAUGACCUGGGAGGGAAAUGGGCUGCUGCUUGCAUCGACGAUUGGGGUUGUUGGGGCGUGGUUUGUUCUGCGGUCUCUGUUGGAGGUUUGA